ACAAGGUAUUCGUAAUGGUCAUUUUCACCUAGAGGCAGGUCUCUUUAUUUGUUCGUUUCGAGGGAAAAUCCCUCUAGUUUCUUGACAUCUACAGGUUGGAGCAGCUGUUCCUAUUUCCUUUCUUUUUUUUCCCGGAUUAACUAAAAAAUACUGCAUUUCAGGAGUUUACUGAAGUGCAUUAUCCAAUACACUAUAAUAUUCUUUCUCUGAUUGAAAGAACGUAUAAUUGUCAUCUUUGUCAAACACAAAAUCACAGAUUCGACUGUAACUAUGGCUAGUUCUGGUUGUCAAGGCCUAUUCUUUAUACUUCUCUCCAUAAUUCUUGCUUUAACAGCAAUUACCACGAGCAUGCAUUCAAAAACAUCAACUAAAAACUCAAAUUCAUCUCACCAAUUCCUCAAACACGCCCUUACCAUGAACGCUUCCAAAGCUCUUCGAAAUCAAGGUUUCAACAUCUUAGCUACACUCCUUCAAAUCUCUCCUGAAAUCUUCCUCUCUACUCCUCAAUCCACCAUUUUUGCCGUCCAAGAUUCCGCCAUUUCCAAGCUCUCUCUCCCUUCUUGGGCAAUGAAACAACUCCUUCAGUACCACACUUCCCCUUCUAAACUCCCUUUUCAACAACUCUUGAUAAAGUCCAAAGGAAGUUGCUUAACGACCCUUUUGUCUCAAAAAACCAUUGCCAUCACAAAAACUGAUAUAAAACACAAGUCUGUUGAGAUCAACAAUGUGUUAGUUUCUCAUCCUGAUUUGUUUCUUGAAGAAAGUCUUUCAAUACAUGGAGUUACUGGAGCUUUUUCUGACUUGGAUUUUCAUGCAAUGGACGAACACAGUGACAUUAUUCAAUCACCUAUUUGUGAAAACCAGAUAUCAAAUGCAAGUAAAACUGAUCUCAAGAACUUGGUUGAUUGGCCAAGAAUUAUUAAAUUACUCAGCUCCAAAGGAUAUGUUUCUUUUGCAAUUGAAUUGCAUUCUGUUCUUGAUGGGGUUUUCCAAGAUUCUGCGAAUUUGAGUUCUGUAACUAUCUUUGCUCCACCAAAUUUGGGGUUUUUAUCAUCCCCUUCACCAUUGCUGGAAAGAAUUGUAAGGCUUCAUAUAAUGCCCCAGAGGUACACUUACAUGGAAUUGGCUUUCUUGCCUGACAAUUCAUCCCUUAAGACACUGGCUCCAGGCCUAAAUGUUACUAUUUCUAAGAGCAAUUUCUCCCGUAUCUUGACCAUUGAUGGUGUGGAGAUUACAGCGCCAGAUAUUUUCGUGUCCAAGACGUUCAUCAUCCAUGGAAUUUCUCGGGUUUUUGAGUUGGAGGAGCUAUCCAUUUCAUUCAGAUAAUAAGCUUUCUUAAUUUGUGUCUUUACAGCAUUAGCAGCUUCUGUUAGAUGUAUGUGUUCAUUUCAAUUUAGGAUUAAGAUAGGAGUAGUAGAUAUGGAAGUUAUAGAUGAGAAAUAGUACUCAGAUAAUUUCAAGAGGUACUGAUUCUUAUGUUUAGUUUUGUAGCUAAGCUGAGUUGA